UGAACUGGUUUGGAUAUAGCACUUUUAUUUGAUUUUGGUGGCCAACUAACACAGUAUUGGUCUAAAUAUAUUCAUUAAUGACUAAAGGUAAGCCAACAGGCUAAACACAUAGUAAAAAGUAGUGGAGUUAUAAUUAUGCUAAUUUAAAAACUGAGUUUUAAUAUCUACAUAAUGUUUGUAUUGUAUAAUGUACAAUAUCAUAGAAAGUGUUCGCUUUCCUCAGUAGUUAAUAAUACACAGCACUGACUUGUUUAAUCUUAAAUUUACCAAUACAGUGACACCAUAUGACACACCUCCCCAAUGUAUAACAAAAUAUUAUCCAUACUUUUAUCACCGUCAUGUCCUAGAAGGAAGGGUUGGCGUAAGUCGACACUUGCGCCCAUGACAGCCGUGCGGUACAACAGCUUGCUCUGAACGUGCACGUUAAAUCUCUUGUUCCUGUUAUCACCAACUACUAUGAUCCAGGGUUUAAAGAAUGCUCGGUGACAUGUUUGAAACAUUACUAAGUAAAUAUAUAUUAUCGUUUCUCUAUGUGUGAGUGUUCCUCGUGUAACCUUUCAAGGAGUGGUAUAUCAAACCAUGACGUUUUCAGUUUAAAAAAUAGUUCUAUUAUUAAAAUAUAUAGGUCGAGAGUUGAAUACAAAUAGUUCUGCUAUGUGCAAAAUGACGAGUGGGAUAUUAGGAACUUGUUUGGGCGCCCGUGUAUUCACUUUUACAGAGACCCACACAAUGACGCGGUGUUGUAUCUGUCGUAAAGGCUGCGGUGUCUGUGCGUGUCUGUACGGUAUACCACUGACACGGGUACGAGAUCUAUAUAUAGAGACAGAACAGACGGAGAGGAGUCCACAAACCUGCAUGUAGGAAGUUAUAGAAAGUAGAAGCCGUGACGGACAAGUUACUCAACACAGUGAACAGUCGUAAACGUAUAUCGCCCGAGAUGUAGUGUGUCGCAGGAUCAAUCGGCCUUGGUGGAGCCAUCGUUUCUUGUCCCGUUCCAACCAGUAUUCCUUGACUAGCAUAUCAAAGCUUUGCAAAUGGCUCAAACGUCUCUCAAACGACUGGUUCUUGUUGGCGACGCAAACUGCGGUAAAACCAGUCUAGUUCUGGCGUUUACGAACAACGAGUUUAGACCGGAACUUCUACCCACCGUGUUCGAUCACCAUACCGUGGAGCUAAACAUCGACAACACACAGAUAUUUGUGGAGCUGAGAGACACUUCCGGUCACGAGGAUUACGACAAACUGCGGUCUGUGUCCUACCCCAACGUUGACGUCAUCAUUAUGUGUUUCGCCAUUGACAAUGCAAGAAGCCUCAGUAACAUCCUGGAUAGAUGGUACCCGGAAGUACGUCAGUAUUGCCCCAUGUGUCCCAUAAUGCUUGUCGGGACGAAGGCUGACACGAGAAAUGACCCCAGAACAAUUCAACGUCUCUCCAGCAGGAAGCAGGUGGUAUUGCGACCAGAACAGGGGAGGAACAUGAAAGACAGGAUAGGGGCGCUCGUGUACCUGGAGUGUUCCGCCAAGGACAGUAAUGGGGUGAAGGAAGUCUUCAAACAGGCGAUUCGCCUGCAGGGGACGAAAAAGUCGACGACGAGAAAGUGUUCCUUACUGUAGUGUCUCAAUUAAAUUGAUUAAAGUGUUCCUUACUGUAGUGUCUCAGUUAAAUUGAUUAAAGACUUCCUUACUGUAGCGUCUCAGUUAAAUUGAUUAAAGUCUUCCUUACUGUAGUGUCUCAGUUGAAUUAUCUGUUACAUUGAUUAGACUGUUCGUUACUGUAGGAUGUCAGUUAAAUGUAUUAAAGUGUAUUAAAGUGUUUCUUACUGUAGUGUCUCAGUUAAAUUGAUUAAAGUCUUCCUUACUGUAGUGUCUCAGUUAAAUUAUCUCAGUUACAUUGAUUAGACUGUUCGUUACUGUAGUAUGUCAGUUAAAUGUAUUAAAGUGUAUUAAAGUGUUCCUUACUGUAGUGUCUCAGUUAAAUCGAUUAACGUGUUCGUUACUGUAGUAUGUCAGUUAAAUGUAUUAAAGUGUAUUAAAGUGUUCCUUACUGUAGUGUCUCAGUUAAAUCGAUUAACGUGUUCGUUACUGUAGGAUGUCAGUUAAAUGUAUUAAAGUGUAUUAAAGUGUUCCUUACUGUAGUGUCUCAGUUAAAUCGAUUAACGUGUUCGUUACUGUAGGAUAUCAGUUAAAUGUAUUAAAGUAUAUUAAAGUGUUCCUUACUGUAGUGUCUCAGUUACACUGUGAAAUAAAGAGGCUAUUCCAUGUUUUUUUUCGAAUACGAUUUUUAUGUCAACUCGUGAUGUGUGAAAACCAUAUUUCACGAAUUGCGAAGCAAUGAGUGAAAAUAUGGUUUUCAUACAUCACGAGUUGACAUAAAAAUCGUAUUCUG